AAAUAUUCUGUUAGGUGUCAACGUGUUACUGUCACUGUCAGUGUCACACGAACGUAUGUACACAAACACAACGUUGUUUAUAUUUUGAGGUUAUGUUAUUGAAACGAUGAAUUUAUUUUAAAUAUUAUUUUUGUUAAGACACUAUGCAAACUGAAUCAAAAAUGUGGAGAAGAUACUUAAUGUGGUUCGCCCACGAACACAUUGAUUUCCGUCAUGCAGAGAUGCAAAGUAUUAUAUCGUUAUUGAAUAUACCGGUGAGGUAUGUGGAGAAGCCAUGCGUUCGGAAGCCGUAUUGUAUUGUAGAAAUGCCUACAGAAGACUGCGUCAGAAAGAUUGCUUCUCGUUCAGUACUUUUGAAAAACUGUAUAGAAUUAUGGGCCAGAGCAAAUACCGUGUCACAAUUACACGUGAACUUGAAGAAUUCGUUGAAAAAUUCGACAGGCAGUUGGGUUAAUGGAGAGAAAGAUAAUGAUGGUGUGAGCAAUACCUGUUUGUGCCCAAAAGAACUGAUAGAAUCGAGUUGUCCCCUUAAGAAAUCUUUUAAGAUCGAAGUUGAGACCUUUUGCAAGCACUACUCUAUGAAGGAGAAGGUUUCAAAAAUUGAAACUUUCAGCUAUUUACCAUUUGAAGGUCCGGUAAAGCUAAAGAACCCAGAUGUGACUUUAGCCUAUCUGGAAUUUUAUGGUGUCGAUCCUAAUGAUGUUCCCGACGAACCCUAUGAUGUCUUCUUUGGGAAAUGGAUAGCAGAUGGUCAACGCGACCUGAUCCAGGUGCACUCGUUGAAGAAGCGGCAGUUUAUCGGCAACACCAGCAUGGACGCGCAGCUGGCCAUCAUCAUGGCCAACCAGGCACAAGUGAAGCUCGGAGACAUGGUGCUGGAUCCUUUCGUCGGCUCAGGGUCUCUACUUGUUGCUGCGGCACAUUUUGGAGCGUAUGUGUGGGGCUCCGACAUCGACUACAUGAUGCUGCACGCGAGGACGCGCCCCACUCGCGUCGGUCAAAAGAUUCGCACGAAAGAAGAGAGUAUACGGGGCAACAUGAGACAGUAUGGAACUGAAUCCAGGUACCUAGACGUGGUUGUCAGCGAUUUCUCACUGCACAAUUGGAGGUCGGACCUUAAAUUUGACGCGAUUAUUACUGACCCACCCUACGGCGUUAGGGAGCCGACAGAGAAGAUAGGAAUAGAGCGAGAGAACUACACAUUAUCUGAGGAGCACAUGGCGAACCAUGUACCUUCUAAAGUGGAGUAUGGUUUGGGCCACAUCUACAGCGACCUCCUCAACUUUGCCGCAACACAUCUUGAGAUGGGCCGACGACUAGUCUGCUGGUACCCGCUAGUUAGGGAAGAGUACCAGGAGUCUCAGUUACCGUCACACCCGUGUCUGAAGCUGGUGGCUAACUCGGAACAGGUGCUCUCCAAGCUGGCAGCGAGGAGACUGCUCACGUACGAGAAAAUACUAGAUGACGUGCCCAACAUGCCAGUAGAUCCCAACGCUGGAGUCCAUAACUUUAGGGAAAAGUACUUUACUAUGGGUGAGACGACGAGACGAGAGAGGAAAGAGAAAAGGGCCGAAGAGGUCGCAGCCUACCUCGCGAGGAAACUGGAGUCCACCAGAUAUGACCUCACGUGAAACAUAACCUCCGUACUCCUGCUCCAUUCCCAAGACUUGGGACCACUUAGUCUUAUUACGAAUUGAUGACGGAUCUUAAACCAAAACCUUGAAUUCUGUCCCCUUGGUUUUUAACAAAAGUUUAAUAGAUUUGAAACCUCACAUAAGUUAUCCGAUCAAACUUAUGUGACUGAUAACUCAUACAAGUUAUGUCGUUAAUUCCAAUUUAUCUAGCACAUAACAGCUAUCCGGAUAUUGUGAAACAGACCUUUAAUCGAAAAUCCGUCUUAAUACAAAGAUUUCAGAUUGAAAUUGUUAUUACAUAAUUUCGAUUGUUGCCUUAAUCAUUCGGUUCAAUCAGUCAGUAUUUUAUUUUCACGUGAAAGUUACCUGUAACGAUGUUAAAUAAUGUAUGUUAAGUGUUAAUUAAAAUACAGAUUUUAACAACAUU